AUGAGGACGUGCACACUGACAGGAGAGGUAACAAGGAAGGAAUAUGUAUGUUAUAAACAGGGGUAUGCGUUGACAGGCAUUGUUAGUCGUAAGAGAAGGCGGCGAGGUUGUACUCGAACUGGUUGCAAGUCUAAACUUGCGAUAUUGAAGGUGAAAGACAAGAAUAAGUACAUUAUUGUAGGAUUCAAUGAGGUACACAACCAUGACAUGACCACAGUUGAUAAAGUCCAUCUAUUGAGAUCUCACCGUAACUUAACAGAGUCUACAAAGGUGUAUAGUGCAGAUAUGAGCAAAGUUAAUAUUCUGGUACGUAAACAGUUAAGCCUUCUUGAGGUGCAAGUAGGAGGGUUGGAAAAUAUUGGGUUUGUUAAGAGAGAUGUCUAUAAUUAUCUAAGGGACGUGUGUGGAGAGGUGAUUGGCCAUGAUGCAGAGCUGCUUAAGGAGUAUUUUAUGGCUAUGCAAGAAAAGAAUGAAUCCUUUUAUUUCAAGAUGGAGGUAGAUUCGGAAGGAAGGAUGGGUAAUGUUUUCUGGUCAGAUGCAAGGUCAAGACGAGCUUAUGGGUUUUUUGGAGAUGCGGUGGUAUUUAAUACGACGUUCAACACAAACCGCUAUGGGAUGGUCUUUGCGCCUUUGUUAGGCGUUAAUAACCAUCGGCAGACAAUGUUGUUUGGUUGUGCAUUCCUAACUAGCGAAACCACGGAUUCAUUUGUAUAG